CCUUCAGCAAUCUCUAGGCUGACUGAAAGAUAGAUAUGAAGGUUAAAUGCCUUUGCUAGCUGCGUUUGUCAUUUGGUUCACCAUUGUCUAUAGUGCUUAUUUUAACAUGUAAAACGAGGUUCAUUUUCAAUGGGCACUGAAUAGCUCAAAUUGGUUGAUGGAAUUUGUCUGCUACCAGCAUUUUGUCCGAUUAAGAACGGUUUUCUUGUGCUAUUCUUAGAAAUCAACUCGGUGCAAACAAACGUCAUGGUUUGACAGUAUGGCCUGGGAAACUGACCUGAACGUUUAUUUUGUUUUCGAAUAAUAUAACCUACUUUCAGCUGACAGCAUCAAGCCAAAGGAACUGAGGAUUGUUUUCACCCGGAAGAAGACCCGCGAGGACAUGGGUGGCAAAGUCAGUAGCACAAUGGCUGCAGUUGGAAGGGUGGUACAGGUACGCUUGUCAAACUUGGAUAUUUGUCGCUCUGCAACAACACUUGUAACUCAAGCUGUGAAACCUCAUGCUCCUCUAAUGAAGUUUCCCAGCAGAGAGGGGGUCCCCAGGCUGAGUGUCCAAGAGACUCUUAAAACAUUAGCAGUCGGCUCUCCUAGUUCACCUCCAGUUGUAGCACCGCCGCUGUUAUCGAGACCCCCCAGACCUGUCACUCUACUCUCUGGAACCCCAGACAGUGUGGCCACAGUUAAGGAACUCCCCCAGAGAUACCGCAGGAGGGCAUUGGAAACAGACGAGAUGGACUAUAUUCAGCGUGGUGGACCAGAGUGAUGUUAAGUCCUUACCUGUGGAAAUCAGUUUGUGUUUUUGCCUAAUUUUGUUCCCCAACAAGAGAGGACCUGCUGCCACACCUCAGACACAGAAUAAUACUAUAAUAACUGAAACUGUACAAAUAAAGUAUAUUUUUAAAGAUGA